GUCGGUCUGCUGCCUCGCGCCCACACUGCGUAUGAAGCCUUUACACCGAGCCCGCCUGGCGCUAACUAAUGUUUAACUCGGGCCGAAACUUGGCGGCGAGUUCAGGGUGACUGUGUGCAGAGCAGCGGCGCAGGGCGCAGGACGUCGGUCUCUGCGCGCGGUUACUUCUGCCGGCGCUCACGCCUCAGAGCUCAGUUCCAAGGAUCCGCCCGACCAUGAAGACACUGUGGAAGGUUCUCCUGGGACUGCUUGGUGUCGCUGCGCUUGUCACCAUCAUCACCGUGCCAGUGGUUCUUCUGAGUAAAGACGAUGCGGCAGCUGACAGCCGCAGAACUUAUUCACUAUCUGAUUAUUUAAAGAAUACUUUUCGAGUCAAAUCCUACUCCUUGCGCUGGUUUUCAGAUCAUGAAUAUCUCUACAAACAAGAAAACAAUAUCUUGCUAUUCAAUGCUGAACACGGAAACAGCUCCAUUUUCUUGGAGAACAGUACCUUUGAAAGCUUUGGAAACUCUGUAAGUGACUAUUCAGUGUCGCCCGAUGGACUGUUCGUUCUCAUAGAAUACAACUACGUGAAGCAAUGGAGACAUUCCUACACAGCUUCCUACAGUAUUUAUGACUUGAAAAAAAGACAGCUGAUCACGGAAGAGAGGAUUCCAAACAACACACAGUGGAUCACAUGGUCACCAGAAGGUCAUAAAUUGGCAUACGUCUGGGAGAGUGAUAUAUACAUUAAAAUUGAACCGGAUUUACCUAGUCAGAGGAUCACACAGUCAGGAAAGGAAGAUGUAAUAUAUAAUGGGAUAACCGACUGGGUUUAUGAAGAGGAAGUCUUCGGUGCCUACUCCGCGCUGUGGUGGUCUCCAAACGGCACUUUUUUAGCAUAUGCCCAGUUUAAUGACACAGAAGUCCCACUCAUUGAAUAUUCCUUCUACUCCGAUGAGUCACUGCAGUACCCCAAGACGGUGUGGAUUCCAUAUCCAAAGGCGGGAGCUGUGAAUCCAACUGUAAAGUUCUUUAUUGUAAAUACAGAUUCCCUCAGCUCAGGCACUGGUGUGGCUCCCAUCCAAGUCACUGCGCCUGCAUCCGUGGCGACAGGGGACCACUACUUGUGUGAGGUGGUGUGGGUUUCAGAAGAAAGAAUUUCUUUGCAGUGGCUCAGGAGGAUCCAGAACUAUUCCGUUAUGGUUAUCUGUGACUAUGAUAAGACCAGCCUAAUAUGGAACUGUCCAUUGGAGCAGCAGCAUGUUGAAGUGAGUACUACCGGCUGGGUCGGAAGGUUCAAGCCUGCAGAGCCCCAUUUCACUGCUGAUGGAGGCAGCUUCUAUAAGAUCCUCAGCGACAAGGACGGCUACAAACACAUCUGCCACUUCCCCAAAGAUAAGAAACCCGAUCAGGACUGUACAUUUAUUACAAAAGGAGCCUGGGAAGUCAUUGGGAUCGAAGCGCUGACCAGUGAUUAUCUAUACUACAUUAGUAAUGAACAUAAAGAGAUGCCAGGAGGAAGAAAUCUUUAUAAAAUUCAGCUUACUGACCACAGAAAUGUGAAGUGCCUCAGCUGUGACCUCAAUCCAGAAGGAUGUCAGUAUUAUUCGGUGUCAUUUAGUAAAGAGGCAAAAUACUAUCAGCUGAUAUGUCGGGGCCCCGGUCUGCCCCUCUACACUCUGCAUCGCAGCGCCGAUGAUAAAGAGCUACGAGUUCUGGAAGACAAUUCUGCUUUGGAUAAAAUGUUGCAGAAUGUCCAAAUGCCUUCAAAAAAAUUGGACUUCAUUGUUUUGAAUGAAACGAGAUUUUGGUAUCAAAUGAUCUUGCCUCCUCAUUUUGAUAAAUCCAAGCAAUACCCUCUACUAUUAGAUGUAUAUGCAGGUCCCUGUAGUCAAAAAGCAGACGCUGCCUUCAGACUCAACUGGGCCACAUACCUUGCAAGUACAGAAAACAUCAUAGUAGCUAGCUUUGAUGGCAGAGGAAGUGGUUACCAAGGAGAUAAGAUCAUGCAUGCAAUCAACAGAAGACUGGGAACACUGGAAGUUGAAGAUCAAAUUGAAGCAGCCAGACAAUUUUUAAAAAUGGGAUUUGUGGACAGCAAACGAAUUGCAAUUUGGGGCUGGUCAUAUGGAGGGUAUGUAACCUCAAUGGUCCUGGGAUCGGGAAGUGGCGUGUUCAAGUGCGGAAUAGCCGUGGCACCCGUGUCACGGUGGGAGUACUAUGACUCAGUGUACACAGAGCGCUACAUGGGCCUUCCCACUCCAGAAGACAACCUUGGCCAUUACAAGAAUUCAACAGUCAUGAGCAGAGCUGAAAAUUUUAAACAAGUUGAGUACCUCCUUAUUCAUGGAACAGCAGAUGAUAAUGUUCACUUUCAGCAGUCAGCUCAGAUCUCCAAAGCCUUGGUGGAUGCUGGCGUGGAUUUCCAAGCAAUGGUAUAA